AGAGCCAUUCCAACAACCAACAACCUACGUUACCAAUACACCACCAUGAAGUUCCGUCCUUGCAUCGAUUUACACAGCGGCAAAGUAAAGCAGAUUGUCGGCAGCACUUUGACCACCACCAAGGAUGAAGCUGCCACCACCAAUUUUGAAACGAAUCGUCCGGCAGGAGACUUUGCCAAAAUGUACCAACGAGACGCAUUGACAGGAGGUCAUGUCAUUAUGCUCCCCAGCAAAGAUGGACAGCCAGAUGCCAACAAGGAAGCGGCUCGACAAGUAUUACAAGCGUACCCACAAGGCAUGCAAAUUGGAGGGGGAAUCCGAGAUACCAAUGCCCAAGAAUGGAUGGAUGCCGGUGCCUCGCACAUUAUUGUUACAUCCUACGUUUUUAAGAAUGGACAAAUCAACAUGGAAAACUUGAAAAAAUUGGUGGACAUUGUGGGCAAGGAACACUUGGUACUGGACUUGUCGUGUCGUCGAAAACCAAAUAGCACAACAACAACUACCGAUGAUUAUUAUGUCUGUACGGACCAAUGGCAAAAAUUCACCAACGUCAAAGUGAAUGCCGAGACACUCCAAAUGCUGGCAACCUACUGCGAUGAAUUUCUCGUGCACGGUGUCGAUGUGGAAGGCAAGCAAUGUGGUAUUCUCGAGGAUCUCGUCGCCUUGUUGGGAGAACAUUCGCCCAUCCCUGUCACGUAUGCAGGAGGGGCAAGAUCCAUGGAGGAUAUGGAAAUGGUAGAGAGGGUGGGAAACGGAAAGGUGGACUUGACAAUUGGCAGUGCCCUGGAUUGCUUUGGAGGAGACCUGAAAUACGAGGAUGUCGUGGCAUGGCACAAAUCCAGAAACAGCUAGCUAACAAAUAAGUAUUAUUAUUUCUUGAAAGCAAGUAGAAUAAUAAUAUUGACUUGAUUGAUUCCGCUGCCAACACCUGGCAAAAAUAUUGGAGGAAAGGCCCCAUGCA